ACCUGGAUCUCUUGGUUUUGUACUCUGCCCGGUCAUGAAUAUUUUGCAGAAGUCGCUGAAGAUUUUAUUGAAGAUGAUUUCAAUCUAACGGGUCUGGUAGCGAUGGUACCCUUUUAUAAAGAGGCUUUAGAGAUGAUUUUAGAUGUCGAACCCGGUGAGCUCCUUAAUUCACCUCUCUCUCUGUUUGUUCCGCCCGAUGGAAUUGACCAUUCUAACGUACCCAAACGGUUUUGGUUCACAGAAGAUGAUACAGUGAAAGUACCAGAUGUGUCGAUCGUCGAAAGUUCGGCUGAAUUACUCUAUGGCUUGAUUCAUCAACGUUACAUCAUCACUCGUCAAGGCCUGGCUCAAAUGAAUGCAAAAUAUGAAAACGCUCAUUUCGGUUAUUGUCCUCGAGUCUUUUGUCAUACAUCGAAGGUCGUACCAUGUGGUAGAUCUGAUUUACCAGGGGUGGAUACGGUAAUUCUUUACUGUCCUAAUUGUCUCGAUACCUACAUUCCUCCAAGUAGUAGGUUCAAUGGAAUCGAUGGAGCUUUCUUUGGAACGACUUUCCCACAUUUACUUUUUCAAACUUAUCGUGAUACUCCUCCAACGAUCAUCUCUCCUCCUUCUCCUCAAUCUCCAUUUAUUCCUCAAUCUGAUUUACAACGUAAAUCACUGAUUAUCGGAGGUGAAACCGAUAUUGGUAAUUCUCCAUCUAGUAAGAUCUAUGGUCCUCGGAUCUAUGGAUUUCGCGUUAGUGAACGUGCACGUAGCGGGUCACGCAUGCAAUGGCUACGGCUACGGCCAAGAGAUGAAGAAGAGUUUCAACGAGGAUUGCAACAAGUAGAAGACACUAACAAAUCCCUUGAUCCAAACUAG